GAGGUCGCAGAAGGGGCCAGCGUCGGUUGCAACGACUCGCGCGGCUGUGCCGGACGACGCCAGCGUCGCUGCAGACAUGGCACAGGACUCACUGUGCCCAGAGCCUUCGGAGCUGGCGCCGACGAUCACAAACCAUGAGAGGUGGCGCAGGAAAGAAGGCUUGACUCACACCACGGCGGCCGAGUACCACGCCAGGGGAAAGCAACGACGGUGGGUAUGCCCAGUUUUUGUCCCCGACCCGAACGGUGGCCCAGCGCCUGUGCAGUGCGGCUACGUGGCGGAUUCGAGGACCAACAGCCAGCAGGCGGUUGUCAAGAAACGGCGCAAACACCUUGCGCGAGCGCACCCAGGAAUGCCAGCGGCACAGUUCCAUUUCCGUCAGCGCACCGCUGUGUACGUACCACGGUCGGAAGAUGAGAUUCGAGCCUCCCUGUGGCCAGAGUGGCCGGCGGAAGUGCCAAUCCCAGCGCACCUCAUGAAGUGGAAGUGCCCGGAGUGCGGCAAGUGCCACGGACUACAGAGCGGCGCGGCGAGCGACGCGGACACGGAGAGCUGGGAGGACGCGGCCCAAGCCCCGAAUGCCCAGCGGCCACUACCUUACACAAUGUGGUCCUGCAAUGUUCGGAGCGAGGCUGGGGCGUGGCAGGCGGCGCGGAUUGCGUACAACGACGGGGUGGACGUCAUUUGCCUGCAGGAGGUUCUGGCUACGCUGGUGGAGGGUGUGGUUGUGCUCAAUAUAUGGAAGGCGCCUGUGACAAAGGUGGACCACGUAAGGCGUGUUGUCAAUGACUGCACGAACGCAGACGGCGUGGUUUCUUGGGUGGCUAUUGGGGAUUGGAACACGGUGCAGGCGGAAGUACCUGCGCCGAGGGAACACUGCCAACGCGUGAUGGUACGCGAUGGGCAGGGCAACCUCCUACCUACGAGAUGGGACACCUCGCGGUGCAUCGACUACGCUGUGGUGUACAACUGCGAAGUACGUGCUCGGGGCUUUGACGGGAGGGCGGUGGCGGACCACAAGGUCGUGGCAUUCGGGGCUGACCCAUGUCGACGGUCCCCGUGUGUCGAGUGGGAGUUGGGCAGGCACCGGUGCGUGGGCAAACCGGACGGUGUCGACAAGGAUCGUUGGCUCGACGUGAUACGGAGACCAUUGGACCAAUACGAACACAUUUGGACGGAUGCUGUACACGACGCGUCCUUCGUCAAGGGAAUGUCGGACGUGCAGCAUUGGGUGGACGACAUGUGGCGGCAGUCUCCUGUUGCUCUUGAGACGACAGGGGAGCGGGCCCGACUCAUGCUGCAGGAGGCCCUGGAGGCCGAGGCGGGCGGGCCAGGACUGAAGGAACACGACGACGGCAG